UGGGGCCUUGGUUUGGUUUUCGCCACCUGGAUCCAUCCACGCCGACAUGGAGGUGCUGUGAGCAGGAAACAUGAUUAAAGAUAACAACGAAAUUGUUCCACUAAUGGGCAAGAAAACAAACCCACCUGGAAAUCCCCCUGCAAACCAGCAAGAGAAAAAGGUGACUGAAGGCACUCCCACCAAGAAAAGUUCCCACUUUUUCCUGGAGAUUGAUGGUUUUGAAAGCAAUGCCAGUCCCAAUAACACCUCUCCCCCUGUGUUUUCCAAACCCAUGGAUUCCAAUAUUCGCCCCUGUGCAUCUGCAAAUGGGGAAGACAUGGAUUCCCCCCAGUCUCUUCAGGAUGAUGCCACUGAAUACAGCCCCAACGUGGACAGCUGUGGUGCUACCACAUGCCAAGGGCCUGAGCUGAGGAGUGCCAGGAAGAAGCUGAAGAGGAACCUGUUCCGGGCAGUGUCCGAGGGGAAUGUGGAGGAGCUGCAGCGGCUGCUGGCUGAGCUCAGGGAGCGCUCGGGUGCCUGCACCUCCCUGCCCGUGCCAGAUUACCUGAUGAAGAAGUUCACAGCUUCAGACACUGGCAAAACUUGUCUGAUGAAAGCUCUGCUGAACAUCAACCAGAACACAAAUGAGAUAGUGAACAUGCUCCUGUCCUUUGCAGAGGAAAAUGGCAUUUUGGAGAGAUUUAUCAAUGCAGCAUACACAGAAGAGGCUUAUAGAGGCCAGACAGCUCUAAACAUUGCCAUUGAGAGGAGACAGUAUGAAAUCACCCAGAGCCUCAUAGAGAAAGGAGCUGAUGUCAAUGCUCAUGCCCAGGGUAUUUUCUUUAAUCCCAAACACAAGCAUGAAGGCUUUUAUUUUGGUGAGACUGCCCUGGCUUUGGCAGCAUGUACCAACCAGCCAGACAUAAUUGAGCUGUUAAUGGACAAUGCCAGGACCAAUAUUUCCUCUCAGGAUUCCAGAGGAAACAACAUCCUCCAUGCAUUAGUGACUGUGGCAGAGGACUCCAAAACACAGAAUGACUUUGUGAUCAGAAUGUAUGACAUGAUCCUGCUGAAAAGCAAAGACAGAAAUCUGGAAACAACCAAGAAUAAGGAGGGUUUGACACCGCUGCAAUUAGCCGCAAAAACUGGGAAAUUAGAGAUUCUAAAGUACAUCCUGAGCAGAGAGAUCAGAGAGAAGCCAAACAGGAGCCUGUCAAGAAAAUUCACAGACUGGGCUUAUGGUCCUGUUCAGUCUUCUCUGUAUGACCUGACAGAGCUGGACACCACUGCUGACAACUCAGUGCUGGAAAUCAUUGUCUAUAACACAAAUAUUGGAAAUCGUCAUGAAAUGCUGACUUUGGAGCCUCUGAACUCACUGCUGAGGAUGAAAUGGAAGAAGUUUGCAAGGCACAUGUUCUUCAUGUCCUGCUGUUUUUAUUUCCUGUACAAUGUGACAUUAACAUUGGUUUCCUACCACAGGCCUAAUGAAAAUGAAGCUCCUCCUUAUCCACUGGCUCUGACCCGAGGAGUGGGGUGGCUGCAGCUGUCAGGACAGGUGAUGGUUAUGUUAGGAGCAAUAUUUUUAGCCAUAAAAGAGAGUGUGGCCAUCUUCCUGCUCAGGCCCUCAGACCUGCAGUCCAUUCUCUCUGAUGCCUGGUUCCACUUUGCAUUUUUUAUACAAGCUUUGCUUGUGAUCUUCUCUGUCUUUUUGUACUUGUUUUCCUACAAAGAACACCUGGUGUGUCUUGUUUUGGCAAUGGCCCUUGGCUGGGCCAAUAUGCUCUAUUUCACCAGAGGUUUCCAGUCCAUGGGCAUUUACAGUGUGAUGAUUCAAAAGGUAAUUCUGCAAGAUGUGAUCAAGUUUUUGGUUGUAUACAUCGUGUUUCUGCUGGGAUUUGGUGUAGCUCUGGCUGCCCUGAUUGAGACGUGCCAGGAGGGUGGGGAGUGCCACUCCAACAGCAGCCUGGGGCCUGUCCUGAUGGAUCUGUUCAAGCUCACCCUGGGGCUGGGUGACCUGGAGAUCCAGCAGAACUCCAAGUACCCCGUCCUGUUCCUCCUGCUCCUCAUCACUUUCGUUGUGCUGACUUUUGUUCUUCUCUUGAACAUGCUGAUUGCCCUAAUGGGAGAAACUGUGGAGGAUAUUUCUAAGGAGAGUGAGCACAUCUGGAAACUCCAGAGAGCCAGGACUAUUCUGGAAUUUGAAAAAUUUUUACCAAAAUGCCUGAGGAAAAAAUUCCAGCUGGGAGAACGGUGUAAAGUGGCUGAAAAUGACACCAGGGUGUGUUUAAGGAUUAAUGAAGUGAAAUGGACCGAGUGGAAAACCCAUGUUUCAUUUAUUAAUGAAGAUCCAGGGCCAACAGAUCCAAGCAAAAUUCAAGAUAAUUCAAGAACUAAUAGCAAAAACACCUUGAAUACGUUUGAAGAAAUGGAUGAUUUGCCUGAAACCUCUGUUUAG